GGCGGCGCGGGAGAUUCAAACUGGCCGGGCGGAGCGAGCGGGAGCAGCGAUGGCGCAGCGCGGCCGGGCUCCCUCCGGCUAUGAGCGUCUCACGGCUGAUGAGAUGGACGAGAGGCGGCGGCAGAAUGUGGCCUACCAGUAUCUCUGCCACCUGGAGGAAUGUCGACGCUGGAUGGAGGCUUGCCUGAAGGAGCCGUUGCCCCCUCCGACCGAGCUGGAGGAGAGUUUGCGCAAUGGCGUCACCCUGGCCAAGCUCGGGCAUUUCUUUGCUCCCGACGCCUGUCCCCUGGGGAAGAUCUACGACCUCGACCAGGCCCGGUUCCAGGCCGGUGGGCUCCAUUUUCGACACACGGACAAUAUCAACCGCUGGCGGGACGCCAUGAGCCGUGUUGGGCUGCCUGGGAUUUUUCACCCCGAGACCACCGACAUCUACGAUAAGAAGAACAUGCCUCGUGUGGUGUAUUGCAUCCAUGCCUUAAGCUUAUACCUAUUUAAACGAGGGCUGGCUCCCCAGAUUCAGGAUCUGUAUGGAAAAGUUGACUUUACGGAUGAGGAAAUAAACCACAUGAAAGGAGAACUAGAGAAAUACGGCUUGCAGCUUCCCUCCUUCAGCAAAAUCGGUGGCAUUCUGGCUAAGGAGCUCUCGGUCGACGAGGCAGCCGUGCACGCAGCCAUCCUGGCCAUCAACAACGCGAUAGAAGUGGGGAUUGUGGCAGAGACCGUGGCGGCUUUGUGCAACCCCAGCGCCAUGCUGGUGGGCGUGCAGGAGAGUUUGGGGGGGCCCUACCAGGAAGAGCUCUGCCGGGCCAAAGGAGAGAAGGCUGAGAACGCAAAGAAUCGGCAUCUGCAGAAGAUACUGGAUGGGGAAGACAUUUAUGAUUGCUGUUUGACCCAAGCUGAAAUUCAAGGCAGCAUCAAUCUGGUGAACAUCAGGAGUGCCCUUGAGGUGGUGGAUGAUGCUCUGGAGGCCCAGGACCCCCAGAUCUUGUACCACGUUUUGCAAGAUCCUAUCCUAGCCCUGAAGAGCCUGCGGCGAGACAAUGCCAGCUGGUACCUGGAUCAACUAUCUGCUGACCGGGAAGAGAAGGCCCUGGAAUUGGGAUACGUUGACUUGCUUGAGCAAGAAGAAAUUCAAGCUGGACUUUAUGUGGCCAACCAGAGAAGUGACCAGGAGCGUGCCGCCGCACAUGCUGUAAGCCACAUCAAUGCCUCCCUGCGAAGAGGAAUUGCGGAAGAGACGGUGCGCGCCCUGGCAAACCCCGAGGCUCAGCUCCCUGAGGUCUUCCCCUUUGCCUCUGAGCUCUACCAGCGAGACCUGUCUGCCCUGCAGCAGCAGCACCCCCAGGGGACGUUGGCCCAGGAAGAGCUCUAUGUGGCCGUGGAGAUGCUGUCCGCAGUGGCACUGGUCAACCAAGCCCUCGAGGAUGGAGACAGCUGCAGCUUCUGGAGGAGCCUCCUCAGCUCCACCCUGGGCCUGGCCAGCAUUGAAGAAAGCCAUGCACAGCGUUAUUUUGAGGGCCUGUCAAAACAGAAGCGCCUCUUUCGGGAAACCCGGCGCAACUUCCUGAGUUGGAACGACAUCCAGGCCUCGGUGAACGACGUGAAUGCCUUCAUCCAAGAAGAGCAGGACAAAAUCCUUGCUGUCCGGCUGAUCAACGAGGCUCUGCAGGGCGAAUGUCCGGAGAAGACCCUCAGGGCUCUGCUCCUGCCAUCAGCCGGCCUCUCUGACGUGACGCUCCCCAGAGCCAAGCGCUACCAUUUCGUUCUAGCCCAGAUGUUGAGGCAGAAAGCCCAGGCGGCAGGAGACCCCGGAGCACUCUUGUGGUGGGAAGAAAUCCAGGAGGGGGUCCGCAGGGCCAACCUAGACAGCAAAGCUGCACAGCAAAUGGCCCUGGGCCUUGCUGCCAUCAACCAAGCCAUCAAGGAGGGGAACGCAGCGCAGACAGUGCGCGUCCUGCGCAGUCCAGACGUGGGUCUCUGUGGCGUGGUGGCAGAGUGUGCCGUGGCUUAUCAGGCGCAGUUCAGUGCCAUCCUGGCAGCACAUAGGCCGGCAGGGGGCCACUCGGAGGCGCUCUGGGUACAGCACAGACUGAGAGAUGGCUCCAAGUACUACUUCCACCUGAGGUCCUUUGAGGGGUCUUGGGAGCAGCCCCAGCCCCUCACCCUCAACAUGACCCAUCUCAGCCGAGAGGAGAUCCAGGGGGCCAUCACCCGCGUGACUUCCACCCACGACCGGCAGUGCCUCUGGCAAUCCCAUGCCUGGCUUGUUGUCCGACUGCAGGCCCGGAUGAGGGGCUUCCUCUUCCGCCGCCACUGGGCGGCUCGGCAACAGUUCCUGUCCCAGCAGGUGCCGGCAGCUGCCAAAAUCCAGGCUGCCUGGCGUGGAUACCUGCAACGCAGAAGCUACUUGGAGAGGAUGCGCUACUUGCGGAGAAACACAGCUGCUGCAAUCAAAAUUCAGUCCUGGGUUCGGAUGUGGCUUGCCCGAAAACGGUACCUGGAACGCCUGCGCUACUUCAGGAAGAACGUUGCAGCUGUGGUUAAGAUCCAGGCCUUCGUUCGAGCCAACAAGGCAAGAGAGGAUUACAGGAUGCUAGUGCACAGCAGGGACCCCCCGCUCAGCGUCAUCCGGCGUUUCGCCCACCUGCUGGAGCAGAGCCAACGCGACUACCAGGAGGAGACGGAGCUUCUGGGACUCCAGGAGAAGCUGGUCAGGGGAAUCCGCUCAAACCAGCAGCUGGAGAGCGACCUCAACCUCAUGGACAUCAACAUUGGAUUGCUGGUCAAGAACAGGAUCACCCUGCAGGAGGUGGUGUCGCAUUGCAAGAAGUUAACCAAGAAGAACAAGGAGGAGCUCUCGAACAGGAUGGACGGGAGCAAGGAGAACGGGCUGAAGGCGCUCAGCAAGGAGAAGCGGAAGGUGCUGGAGGCCUAUCAGCACCUCUUCUACCACCUGCAGACUCAGCCAGUGUGUCUGGCCAGGCUGCUCAUGCAGAUGCCGCCCAACAAGUCCACCAAGUUCAUGGAGUCGGUGGUCUUCAGCCUCUACAAUUACGCCUCCAGCCCCAGAGAGGCUUACCUCCUGCUCCAGCUCUUCCAGCGUGCCCUGCAGGAGGAGAUCACAUCCAGAGUGACUCGGCUGCAGGAGAUCCUCACGGGGAAUCCCACUGUGAUCCGCAUGGUGGUGAGCUUCUACCGCAACGCCCGCGGGCAGAAUGCUCUGCGCCAGAUCCUGGCAGAGCCUGUGCAGGAAGUUCUGCAGAACAGCAGCCUGAGCAUUCGCACCAGCCCCGUGGAGAUCUACAGGGGGUGGAUCAACGAGAUGGAGUCCCAGAGCGGACAGAAGAGCAAUCUGCCGUACAACGUUACCCCACAACAAGCCCUCUGUCACCCAGAGGUUCAGAGGCGACUGGACGUCUCCCUUGGCCAUCUCCUCGUGCUGGCAGACAAGUUUCUCUCGGCCAUCCUCUCGUCAGUGGACAAGAUCCCGUAUGGGAUGCGCUACGUGGCCAAAGUCUUGAAAGCAACCUUGACUGAGAAGUUUCCAGAUGCCUCCAAGGAAGAGAUCUACAAGGUGGUUGGCAACCUGCUCUACUAUCGCUUCAUGAACCCGGCGGUGGUGGCACCAGACGGCUUUGAUGUUGUGGACUUCUCUGCUGGAGCACCCCUGCACCCCGACCAGAGGCGCAAUUUGGCCUCAGUGGCCAAGAUCCUGCAGCACGCAGCUGCCAACCAGCUUUUUGAGGGAGAAAACAGCCACUUGAACGUGAUAAAUCAGUACCUGGAAGAAACGCACGAGAAAUUCAGAGCAUUCAUCAACGCGGCCUGUUUGGUCCCUGAACCGGAAGAGAGAUUUAAGUUGGACAAAUAUUCUGAGCUGGUGGCCAUCACCAAACCAGUGAUCUACAUAACGGUUGGGGAGCUGGUCAACACUCACAAGUUGCUGCUGGAGCACCAGCACUGCCUGGCUCCCGAUCCCCAGGAUGUUCUGCACAAACUUUUGCAAGACCUUGGAGAGGUGCCAACCGUUGCGUCGUUGAUAGGCCACAGCCUGGGGCAGGGGGCGAACGGGACCUGGGAGGACGCUUUGUCUCAGCUCUCCCGAACAGAACUCUCGCUCACGCUCAGCAGCAAAUAUGGAGGGCUCGAAGCCGAAGCUGAGGGGGAAGCAGGAGCCGGAGGCCUGUGGCUGAGCACCAAACAGAUGCUGGUGGACGUGAUCCAGUCCCAGCCCGGAGACUCCCUGCCUGAGAUCCUGCACUCAAAGGCAUCGGAAGCAGAGGAGCGGCUCCACCGACAGCUCUUGCAGAGAAGGGCCACUGGCCACCCACAGGGCCGAGAGCGGGCACUGCAUGGCCAUCUUUCCCUGGCAGAGAAGAAGAAGAAAGUCCUCCAGAACCUGGAGCACCUGGCUUUGGUGGGCUGGACCGGCCAGCCCCGGGCCCUGCUCAGCGAGAUUGCCCAGGACAUCUGCUCUCAGAGGCAUCACCGGCAGUGCCGCAGGGGGCAGCUGACCAAGCUGCAGCAGACCCUGCGAGGCCUGGCCUCCAAGCGCCGCUUCUAUCAGGAGCAGAUGGAGUACUACCAGAAGUAUCUCCGCACCUGCCUGGACAACCUGGCCGUUGCAGACAGGCCCAGCAAGAAACAGGCUGUGCUACAUUACACAGCAGCCCGUCUGUUUGAGAAGGGGGUCCUGCUGGAGAUUGAGGCCCUCCCGCCAAACCAACUUAGAAAUGUCAUUUUUGAUAUUAUCCCUUCCCGAGAAGCUGGCAAGUUCCAGGUCAAAGCAAAAUUUAUGGGGGUCAAUAUGGAAAACUUUCAGCUUAAUUAUCAGGACCUCCUCCAGCUCCAGUAUGAAGGAGUGGCGAUCAUGAAAAUGUUUGACAGAGCCAAAAUCAACGUCAACCUUCUAAUCUUCCUUCUGAACAAGAAAUUUUUUAAGAAAUAAUGUGCUUUGGGCAACAGCCGUGGAUUAUUGGAAUCCACAACUUUCCUUGCUGGAAAGAUGCCGAAGAAAUAUAGCAGUGCUUGCUUUACUCCAGUCCUGCUUCAAAGAAACCCAGAAGACCCCUCAGAGGGACCCUCAGGGCACCUGACUGGACCCCCACCUGGGCAGAUCCUUGCAUGGCAGAAUGCUUCCUUGGCAUAUAAUUCUCUUGCAUGUAGAACACUAGACCAGUAUAUCAAGGAUAUGCUGCUUUUGUAAGUGCAAAGCAUUUCACCCGCAGUCCAGCCCUCUUCAAACACAAACACACUCACACUCACAACGGUCGUUCAGCCCAGGUAGCCUAAAACCUCAGGGUCCAGGAAAAUGUUGCAAGCCUGGAGACCCAAUCUCUAGAUUCAAAUGUCUGCCUGUCCCAGUUGCUAGACUCUGAGGAGGCCAAUGAUCUCCCCCUGUGUCCCUUUGCCUUUUGGACCCCACGGGUUCCUGGUGCUGAUCUCCUGGAGGGACAGUUUGUUCUCCCACCGAUGGGGCAGCUGGCAAGAAUCAGGCCCGGCAGCUGCCCGUUAUUUUGAGAGGAGAGGCGGUGGUGUGCGUGCCUGAGAGAGCGGGGGUGGGGUGGGGGCUUUUUAACACUUGUCACUCCCAGUGAGAAUCUACACAAAAUCAAGUUGCCUCAAAUGGAGAGUUUUAGAAAUUCCGAUUUGUGGAUUACACUUCCGCCCAGUGCUAGUUUGAAACAGAAGCUGCAAAGUUGUCAAAGAGCUCAAUUAUUUUUAUUAUCAGCGUUUGGAAGGCUAUUGAAAACUGAAUUCAUUGGAUCUUCCCUGAUAAUUUAAGUAUUCAAUCAAUAAGAUAAGAUAAAAAGUUUACACAGAUUGUUAAUAUAAUCAGACAUUUUAUUAAGAUCUACAAUAAACUAUUAUUCAAUUUUUAAAAUA